AAACACGCUAACCGAACAAGCAACAGAUACAAAAACUAUAAGGACCUUCUCAAAUCAGAAACCGUGGGUGGACAGAACAAUCCGUGCUGCAGUAAACAAACGCACUGCCGCAUACAACGCCGGUCUGUCGUCGGGGAACAUGAGUGAGUACAAAGCAUCGUGCUAUGAUCUCCGACGGGCGGUAAGAGCCGCCAAACUCCGAUACAGGGAACGAAUAGAGUCUCAUUUCCAGCUAAAUGACUCUCGACGCAUGUGGCAGGGACUGAGGACCAUCUGUGCCUUUGGAAAUAAAUCCUCUGCAGCUGUGAGCGCAGACCCGUCGCUGGCUGAUGAGUUAAACUCUUUCUACAGCCGCUUUGAAUGCAAUCGAGGCAGCGCGACUCUGCCGAUCAGCGCGUCAGGAAGCUGCAGACAGAGCAGCGAUAAUCAUGUAAUCACUGUGUCGGAGGACGAGGUUCGGAGGACCCUAAAGCGAGUGGACGUCAGGAAAGCAGCAGGUCCUGAUGGGAUUUCUGGCCGUGUUCUGAGGUCCUGUGCUGAUCAGCUCGCUGGCUUGUUUACAUCCAUCUUUAAUGAGUCCCUUGCUAUCUCGGUGGUCCCCACCCCCUUUAAAAAAUCUGUCAUCAUCCCUGUGCCUAAGAACAAUAACCCCUCUUGCCUGAAUGACUAUCGUCCAGUUGCCCUCACGUCAAUAGUCAUGAAGGUCUUUGAGAAACUUAUAAAGAACAACAUUUGCUCCUCCAUCCCUGAUACUUUAGACCCACUUCAGUUUGCCUAUCGUCCCAACAGAUCUACUGAAGAUGCCAUCUCUCACGUCCUGCACUCUUCCCUCAUGCACAUUGACAGCAGCAAUGGGAACUAUGUAAGGCUGCUAUUCAUCUACUAUAGCUCAGCUUUCAAUACUAUAGUCCCCAUCAAGCUAGCAUCUAAACUCUUGGACCUCGGCCUGAAUUCUUCACUCUGCAACUGGAUUCUAGAUUUCCUCACUGGUAGACCUCAAGUGGUGAAAGUAGGCCAGUUCACCUCCAACUCCAUCACCCUGAACAUUCCGAUGCCUUAUACAGUCUUUAAGCCUUUCCUAAUGGACUAUAACACCUCCUGA